UUCAGUAAUCACCAUCAACCCCACAAUUACCCACCAUCCCAUCCAUCACGUCUCCGUCCUCCCCCCAUCCCCUCCACAAAACCGCCAACAUGGAUAUCGACCCCAAGCCCAUCCCCGAAUUUCUGGCGCAGCAGCGAGACGAACACACCCCGGCGGAGCUGCAACCUCUCAUGCUAGAUUUUGAGGACUUCUGGGAGCGCAAACUAUGGCAUCAGCUCACCACCGCCCUCGAUGAGUUCUUUAGACAUCCCGAGAGUGGCCCGCAGCGGCUAGGGCUCUUCAAAAACUUUGUGAUGACGUUUGCCGAUAAGAUCAACCAGUUGAAGCUGGUGGAGUUGGGACUGUGGGCGAGCCAGGAAUGCAAAGACUACCAAGAGGCCCUCGUCUUCCUCGAAACCAUUACCAAGAAGGUAAACAACGUCGACUCGCAAGACGCCUACGUUUACGCCAUCGUCGAAGUCGCUCGGAUCAAGCUCUGUCUCGAAGACCUGAAAGGCGCCCGCAUAGCUCUGGACGAAGCCGAGAAGAUUCUGGACAAGUUCGACAGCGUCGAGUCGAUAGUGCACGCGUCGUUCUACCGGGUCAGCAGCGAUUACUACAGCACCAAGCGGGAGUUCUCGGCGUACUACCGAAAUGCCCUGCUGUACCUGGCAUGCGUACAGAGCACCGAGCUACCGCAAGCGAAACAGUGCGAGCUCGCCUACAACCUCUCAAUCGCUGCGCUGCUGUCGGAAAAGAUCUACAACUUCGGAGAGCUCCUGUUACACCCCAUCCUCGACUCCCUCGUCGAUACCGAGCACGCGUGGAUCCGAGAACUGCUCUUUGCGUUCAAUACCGGAGACCUUGGCAAGUACAACGGCUUGCUCGGCCACCUCGACAAGCAGCCUCUGUUUGAGGGGAAGCAACAGUUCCUUAGACAGAAACUGUGUCUUUCCGCCUUGACGGAGGCCGUGUUCCAGCGCCCGCCUCACGACCGUGCUCUGACAUUCGAGAGCAUCAUGAAAGAGACUGGCGUGUCGGCGGAUGAGGUGGAGUAUCUGCUCAUGAAGGCGCUGAGCGAGGGCUUGAUUAGAGGGAGUAUCGACCAGGUGGCGGGUGUGGCAAGGAUUGCGUGGGUUCAGCCCAAGGUGUUGGAUAAGGGCCAGAUCGAGAACAUGCGACAGCGGUUGAUGGAGUGGGAUGGAAGUGUGAGCAGGCUGAACAAGUACAUGGAGGAGAAGCUCUCGGAGUCUGUGACGGCAUGAAUCCUGGGAUAAUUUCGUAGAUGGGACAGGAAAAGUUGGGCACGUGUUGUACUUUUACUCAUGCAGCGCACUGGUCAGAAUG